AAGUGUCUAAAUGAAUACAUAUGCACACAUAUGUAUGUGCAACAACAUUUGCAAAUCUUUGUUUAUAAUAGCUGACGCUUAUGGAUUUUAUGGUGGUAAAUAGAGCGAGAAAAGCUAGUAGCAAAGCGCGUUUUCAAUUCGGCAAUUCGUCUUUAAGCUAAAUACCCGAAAAGCUGCUGCUCAAACGUUUUGUGGACCCCGAAACCCGAAUCCGAUUCACACAAUGUCCGAUGGAUCACCGCCUCCGUCGAUUUGCUUUAUCCGUGCCGCCGAAUCGUAUCCGAAAUCACAAAUGGAGAAGGAAGACUCACAGCUGUUCGUGCCCUUCCAAGAGCUGGCUGGUGAAUCGAUUAAGUACCUGGGACGCACGGAUGACGGCGUCCUCGCCCUGUCCAACUAUCGGAUAUUUCUCUCCAAGAAGUCAACAGCCUACGAGACCUACGUACCGCUGGGCCUAAUCGAAUCCGUUCAGGUGCGGGACCUGUUCCAGCUGAUUGUCAACUGCAAGGACGCCAGCACGGUGCGGUGCUCCUUUCAGUCGGCGGAGCAGUGUGCCGACUGGCAGCGCCGCAUCCACCUGCUCAUCGGGGUGCCCGAGGUCCUAGAGACGCUCUUUGCCUUUCCCUUCUACUCCUGGACCUGCGAUGUGAUCGGAAGCGGAAACGGAAGUGCUAAUGCUAACGGAAACGGCCUGAUGACCAAGGAACGCUCCUUAGCGCUGGCCAAUGGAUCGGCAAAACCCAGCACGAUGGCAGCGACAGCAUCCAAUCCAUUGGUUGAUCCUGCCAGCGAGACGGUGUCCCCGGUGAGCAGUCGCCUGCAACGAUCCGUUCGAUAUGAGAGCGACUUCAAGAACGAGGUGGCCCGCUUAGGAUUCGACCUGAAGGGCUCUUGGCGCAUCUCCACGGCCAACGCCGACUUCAAGCUUUGCCCCUCGUAUCCACCCAAAUUGCUUGUGCCCUGCUGCAUCACAGACGAGAUGUUACACAACGUGGCAAACUUCAGGGGAUCGCGCCGAUUGCCGGCGGUCGUCUGGCGGCAUCAGAAGUCUGGUGCUAUUUUGGCCCGCUGCAGCCAGCCAGAGGUCGGUUGGCUCGGCUGGCGGAACACAAAGGACGAGCAGCUCCUGAAGGCACUGGCCGAUGCCUGUGCCUUUGACAGGGGCGAGCAUGCCAGGCAUUCCACCUUCGCCAGCACAAAGACGCAACCAACAAAAGGGUCGAAGGAGACCAACGGUCAAUCGGGCUUAUCCGGCAAAAGUUCUCCAUCACUGGAAGAUUCCUCGCACGAGGAACUCACGCUCGAUGAAAUACGGAAAAUCCUUAUUGUGGACGCUCGGAGCUACACAUCCGCUGUUACAAAUCGCGCCAGAGGUGGCGGCUGUGAGUGCAUUGAGUACUACCCUUGUGCAGAAAUUGAGUUUAUGAACCUGGGCAAUAUCCACGCUAUCCGCAAGAGCUUUCAUGCUGUCCGGCAGCUUUGCGCGUCAUCUCCUGAUGAUCCAAAUUGGUUCGGACAACUGGAAAAGACCAUGUGGAUGCAGCACCUUUCGGGUCUGUUAGGAGCCACCAUGACCGUUGUGCACACAAUCGAAAAGAAUGGACGGCCCGUACUUGUUCACUGCUCAGAUGGCUGGGAUCGGACUCCGCAGAUCGUGGCGACGGCGCAACUCUGUUUGGAUCCCUACUACAGGACUGUUGAAGGAUUCCGCGUCCUUGUCGAGCGUGAAUGGCUAAAUUUCGGUCACAAGUUUGCCGAUCGCUCCGGCAACGGCCCCAACUCCGAUGAAGUUAACGAGCGAUGCCCAGUUUUUCUGCAGUGGCUCGACCUGGUUCAUCAAAUACACAGACAGUAUCCAUGCAGUUUUGAGUUCAGUAUAAGCUAUUUGAUCAAACUGGCGCAACAUUCACUGUCCUGUCUAUUUGGCACGUUCCUAUGUAAUUCGCUCAGAGAACGCAUCGAAAAUUCAGUUUUCGACCGAACGUUUUCAGUGUGGCCAUUUUUAGCGGAAACUAUGUAUAGAAAUCCUCUCUAUAAGCAUGAGACUGAAAAGGUUCUUUGGCCGGCGCACAGUGUGCGGUUUUUAUAUUUUUGGUCUGACGUAUACCUUGGUAGUCUAGGCAACAAAAACGGAACAGAUCUGCCAUUACUGAGUAAUGAAAGACAGAGUGGACACAACGGCCUAAUGGCGAAGACAAGAUCUUCUGAAGACUUAACAACGAAUGAGUUGGGACAAAGUACCAUUUCGAGGAGAUCAAGUGAUCCGAACCUGACAGUUGAAUCCAUUGUUACAGAUUGCUUCAAUGCGAAUAGCAACUCCAUGUUUGACAUACGAUCUGAGACCGACAAUAGUGCAAGCGAAAAUGUCCGAGAAAGUGUUAAAGACUCCAAAGAACUUGAGCUGGACGUAACGGAUGCUACUGAAGAAAGUCCUUGUGGGCUUUCAAAUAAACCCGUUCUAGAGUUCCAUAACGACCAAAGUACAGCUUCUAACCGUGAUAUAUUGGAAGUAGAAUCACAAUUGCUAUUGCGCAGUUCCAUGGUGUCCUCACAGCAACCGAUCCCUGGACCUGGCCGAUCUGUCCCAGUCUUGGGUUACUCUGAAAACGAUAAAACUCCAGUUCCUUCAAAAUCUGAAGACACAAGUGAUAUUUGUCGCGCUUUGUGGCAUGGGGCAGUCGAUACUAGCACUGAUACUCUGAUUCCUGCGGAGCCCGUUCAAUCGACGAACAGCGACCACAGCAGUAGAGACCAUACACCUCCCCUCGACCUGGUCAGUGGUGAUACGAAACCGGAGCCUACUACUGCUGUCCAAAGCAGUAAAAUCAGUCAUAGCUACAAUAAUUUGCCCAAGGUUCACAUGAAACCGAAUGCCGUGAUAUUUCCGCAGCGCGGAGACGCUUUUCCGCAUCACCUGGACCUACAAGUGCCAAGGGAAUGUACGGGAAACACGAACCGCUGCAAGCCGGAUAAGUUGUCCAAAGAUGCGAAUGCAAAUGGAUCACUGCUGGUAGCAGAUGGCUACCACGCUGAAGAGAGUCUCCUUUUGUCGCCCGAACUCCAGAGAUUUGUGGGCCAGUCGCCAUUCGAUGCACCCUCUACCGGUGGUCGAAUACGUCGAAACACCUUUGGGUCGAGCUACAGUCGCGACUUAAAAUUCACAGCAGAAAACGGCAGCGCACACCAAUUUCCUUUGUCGGGGAUCAUUUCGUUGCCCCCUACACCAUUUCAGGAGAGGGCGCAGUUUACGAUAUCCUGUCCAGAUGGCCUUGCUCAUGGACUCAGCGAACAAAACAUUAGACUCCACCAGAUCGUACAAGAACAUAAGCUACGAGAGGAAAUGCUAUUGCGGGAAAUACACGGAAUGCGACUGGCUUUGUUGGAAAAAGGUUGCCCGAGCUGCAAUAGCAUCGUUUCGACAAAUAUGGAACAUGAAAAUGGAUCGGAUAUCGUUGAAAAUGCUUCAACAUGUUCCUGGGAAGCCGUCGAAGAACGUAGCGGUCCCUCAUCGUUUGCCCCUUCCUCGAUCCAAGAGAAAAGAGCCUCCAGUGUCCUUUGGGUACCAGAUCAUGCAGUUUCUCGUUGCUCUAGUUGUCAAACUGAGUUCUGGCUUGGACGAAGAAAACAUCAUUGUCGAUCAUGUGGAGAAAUUUUUUGUGCUGACUGCUCGGAAUUUUGGGCGCCUUUGCCAAACGAAAAGCUUUUUAAUCCAGUUAGGCUAUGUGGAUCAUGCUACACGACCGUCACAACAAAUGUCCACGAGUACGCUACCGUUCCUUCAGAAUCCCAGAUGAAGGGCGAAGCGACGACUUCUGCAAAUUCCUAAGAGCUUUUCCCAAUUAAUUUAAGACUCCUCUGUUGUAUCAAUAUGUACAUAUUAUUACUAAAAAUAUUUAUUGCAUAUGUGUUAGCACCAUAAUAGCGAAAUAUUAAUCUGUGCGUUUAUAUAGAACACGAAAUUAUACAAUUUUGUUAGAAAUAUAUAUGUGGAUAUAUGGAAACAAUUGUAAAUUAAAAUAAAUCCUUUAAAAAAAGUAUCAAAUAA